AUGGGCACCAUUAUAUCGGAGGACAAUAUUGCAAAGGAUUUUGAGCGGAUAUCGUCUUCAAAUGUCGUGAGCAAACUGUGCGAUGGAAAUUACUCCAAAGAUAACAUAGCUUAUAAUACAGACACGGAUACAAACAAAUUGAAGAAUCAAUUAGUAAAAUUAUUGGAAAAAAUAGCAAACACGAAUGAGGCACAUCACUUUGCAGAACUACACAAUUUGAUAUCAAUAAUAGAGACAAAGCUUGAUAAGGAUGAAUUAUUACUAAUUCUAGGGGUAGUAGGAAGCGAUACAAUUUCGUACGAUAUUCACAAAAGCACUACUAGUAUGGAACUGGAGCUACAUCUGAGAACGUACAUUCUGGUCUUGGAAGCGUAUAACAAAAGACAACCAGUAAUCAGAAAGCAGUUGUGUCAAACAUUGUAUAAGAGUCUUGCGGCGCUAUACGACACACAUAAACGUCACACGGAACUUUUGAAAAGGGGGUUGAUUAAUGCUAAAUCGCUUCAAGGUCAGCAUAAAGUUAAACCGGUGAAGUAUGGUCCAUACAGCAUUCUUGAAAAAGCAAUUGAACGCGAGUUUCGUCGCAAUAAAUAG